GCACCGGCUGUGGCCAUGAACUACUACGACGAGGAGAUCACAAUCGGCAGCGGAGGCGACUCCAAGCAUCUGAGCAGCGUUCAAAUGGAGCCGCGACUCGGUGCGGCAGUUGCUGCCAGAAGAGGUGCCAGUGGUGCAGGAGCAGCAGCCGCAGCAGCAGCAGCAGCAGAAGGCAGAGGUGGACAAAGAGCAGCCGCGGGCAGGCAUCGAAGAAUGCUGCAGGGCAACAACUCCAACGAUGACGAUGGUCUGCUGCAGGACAUCAUUGAUCACGAUGACGAGGCCGAGGACAGCGACGAGGACGAUGAUGACAGCGAGAUGCAACUGCCCGAUGGCAUGGGCAUGGGCAUGGGCAUGGCCAUGGGCAUGACAGCCCCCAGGCCCCAAACGCGACCAGGUAGCACUCGCAAUGCCAAGCCUCAGCCGGUGCAGGACGAUCAAAUGAGUUCGGGCAGCGAUGAGGCAACACUGGGCGGCGGAGCGGUAGGUGGAGGACCAGGACCGGGCACCAAGUUGCCGCAUCACAAGCUGGCGCUGCCCAUGCAGCAGCGACGCAGUGCCGGCCAGGGAGGGUCGGGCUCAGGCGCUGGCCAACGACAGGAGCCGUCCUUCAAUCUGACGCCGGACAAGUGGGAACAGCUGCCGCUGCAGCAGGACCUCAAGGACAUAUUCCCAUACAUACUGAAGUACACGCCGCAGACGAUUGAGACGCCGUAUCACCUGCAGCCGUUCAUACCGGAAUUCGUGCCCGCUGUGGGCGAUGUGGAUGCUCUGCUGAAGGUGCAGGCUCCGCCGCUGCUCCAGCCACAGCGUCAGCGGGAGCUGGACGAGCACUUGGAGCGGCUGGGUCUGUGGCUGCUGGACGAGCCUUCGGGCACGCAGAGCGAGCCGAGUCUGCUCAACAUGAAACUCCGCGCCGUGUUGAGUGGCAGUCGGGGUAGGAAUCGGCGGCACGCCGCCUCGGCUGCCUUGGUGCCCGUCGCGCGAUCGCCCAAGGACAUUGACAAGUGGAUCGGCGAGGUGGAGCAGGUGCACAUGACCCAAUCCAUGUACGAUGCCCAGCCGCGCAAGGACAUUGACGCUCUGCUCGAGGACUGGCCACGCACCUAUGCCGAUGGCGAGACAAAGGCUGCUUUGGAUGAGGCGUACCGCUCCUGCCUGCAGCAGCAUCUGCCGCUGGCUGACUAUGUGCGAGUGCUGUGCGACAGGUUCGGCAUCGAGGGACCCCUCGACUCCCAGGCGGACUACAUACACAAUGUCCAGACGCUCUUUGCCCUGUACCUGGCCGCCAGCCAGGCAUGGGAGUAGCUGGCAAAUACCAAUGCGGAUGAGCAGUACACAGGUUGGAGCUGGGUGCGUGGCUGCGUGGCUGCCCCCACUAAUAACGCUAAUGGCUUCGAUUAAGUGACAGCCAGACGCCGUUUGUUUGCCUUUUGUUGCCCCCCCCCCCCCCCCACAACACAGGAUGCCACGGAUGCCACGGCAUCGACAUCGGCCGCCGCUUCUGCUCUGUUCUAUUCUGGCAUUAAAUCGUUUGGAAAAUGGUCAGCCCAUAACUUGCUUGUUUGAUGUAGUGGGAGAGCGGGGAGAG